AUGGAAACUAAAACCUGUGAGCAGCUUAAGAUCUUGUUCUUCCCAUACUUGGCUCGAGGCCACAUCAUACCCCUCACACAUAUAGCCAAAUUGUUUUCUUCUCGUGCUGUGAAAUCGACCAUCAUAACCACUCCCCUCAAUGCACCAUUCAUUACCAAAGCAACCCAAAGAAGCAAAGACAUUGAAGUUACUAUCAUCAAGCUCCCAUCAGCUGAAGUUGGGUUGCCCGAGGAAUGCGAGAGCGCUGAUCUGAUCACAACAGCUGAGAUGGAAGUCAAAUUCUUCGAAGCCACUCGUUUGCUCGAACCACAGCUCGAGCAGAUUCUGGACCGACAUCAACCUCAUUGCCUUGUUGCUGAUAUGUUCUUUCCUUGGGCUACAGAUGUUGCUGCCAAGUUUGAAAUUCCAAGGUUAUAUUUUCAUGCAACCGGAUCGUUCUCUAUGUCUGCUGCAUUGGGUGUGAUAAUUCAUCGGCCUCACAAGAAACUGUUAUCUGAAACUGAAAGUUUUGUUAUUCCUGGUCUCCCAGAUGAGAUCAAGAUGACAAGAAACCAAAUUCCCGAUGGUUUUAAGCUAGAGGAUGAAGUAGAGUUGAGCAAGUUCUGGAAAGGGGCCAUUGAGUGUGAGAAAAGGAGCUAUGGGGUCAUUUUUAACAGCUUUUAUGAACUCGAACCAGAUUAUGCUGAUCAUUACAAAGAAAUGUAUGGGAUCAAGACAUGGCAUAUUGGCCCCGUUUCCCUAUUCGAUAAAAAAGGAGAAGACAAUACCAAAGCUGAGCAACACCAGUGCUUGAAAUGGCUUGAUUCUAAGAAACCCGAUUCGGUUGUGUAUAUAUGUUUCGGAAGCCAGACCAUCUUUGCUGACUGUCAGCUCCUAGAAAUUGCAGCUGGCCUCGAGGCUUCUGGACAAGACUUCAUUUGGGUUGUGAAGAAACAGAAGAAAGAGAUAGAACUCAUAGAAGAGUGGUUGCCUGAAGGAUUUGAGAAGAGAAUGCAAGGCAGAGGACUGAUUAUAAGAGAUUGGGCGCCCCAAGUGUUGAUCCUUGAGCAUAAAGCUGUUGGAGCUUUUCUCUGUCACUGUGGUUGGAACUCAAUCCUUGAAGCAGUCUCUGCUGGAAUACCUUUAAUCACCUGGCCGGUGUCUGCUGAUAACUUUUUCAUUGAGAAGCUGGUGACGCAGAUACUUCGUGUUGGGGUUGGGGUCGGUGCUGAAAAAUGGGUUUCAUUUGUGGAUGAAAGCUUGAAGACUGAAGCGAGUGUGAAGAGGGAUGCCAUAGAGAAGGCUGUGACAAGAAGUUUGAAAGGUGAAGAAGCAGAGGAAAUGAGAAAAAGAGUUAAAGCGAUUGGAGAGAUGGCAAGCAGGGCUAUUAAAGACGGUGGUUCAUCUUUCUCCGAUCUAAUUGCUCUAAUUGAAGAGUUGAAGACCCAAAUGACCAGAAAAAAACGUUACUCCUAG